CUAUCUCCAAUCUUGACGGCCUGAGCCUGUCCGCGCUCAACGCCGUUCCAUCUCGACCUCUGAUUACAAUUAUUCGGCGAACGGUCACGAUGACUUCCGUUUGCUCUUCUCUAUGUCUUCGGAUGGGCACAGUGCUGUGGCUUGCGACAACCUUCACUCUGCAUUGUGUCUCUUCUGCACCUCCAUCGAGCACGCGCGAUGGAAGCCAUGACAUGGCGGUCGAGUCGAAGAGCGGUAGGCCUCGGGCGCAAGCGAGCCGGCACAGCAGCGCGAUCAACUUCCGCGAGAGCGAGCUGGAGAAACUCCUCGCCGCAGGGAAGGAACUGCCUGACUCCCUUGCCGAGCUGUACUUGCGCGUCCUCGUGCCAUCGCCGACAGUUGCGACCAAACUGCAAGGGCGACGGCGCAUUAAGUUGAUGAAACCAGCGCAGCAAAGCGCUGGUGCGAUCAACUCCCUUCAGCGGAUCGUCCGCGAACGUCACAGCGGUCUUUCUGCGCCUCCGUCGGGCAACCGCCAUGGAAGACAUGAAAUCUCGUCGGAAGUUUCUAGGAGUGGUAAGCGCCGGGCGCAUCGGGCGCAAGGCGGCGGCCGAGAUAGGAAUAUGCGCAGGCUCAACGACAGCGGGACAGAGGAUAUCCUUACGCUGGCCGAGGACAAGCAUUUUCCCGAGUCGGUCGCGAAGUUGCUCUUGCGAGUCCUCGAGACAUCGAGGGGAAGAGGCCCUGUCGAGAUGCACGGACGGCGGUCUGAGUAUCGCUUUUCGUCGCAGCGAAGCACUGCUGCGCUGAAAUUCGCUGACAAGGCGAUUCAGGAGACUGGCACCGAAGGUGGAGAGCCGCACGCUCGCCAGCGUGCUGACUUUUCGAGGCAAGGCAUCUUUGCCGUGCAACCGUCCAGUGUGGACGAAUCGAUUUACUUCCUUUCGGAAGCGGGAGUCUGGACGUUGCCGACCACCUCAAGCUCGUACGGUGCUGCAUCGGUCAGUCGUGCUGCUGGCCCUUUCUACGAUGCGCAAGCUUUCACGAUCGUGGACAUGAGCAAGUACGGGGGCCAAGGGAGGUUCCUUCUAGUGUCCGAAGCCGAAUAUGACCGCCUGCGAACUGUCAGUUUGGACUCGUAUGAACCGCCUUUCGGUGUCCGCGACAUGACAGGCUUCGAAUCUAACAAUCUUAGCCUUGCUUUGGAUCCGUCACGGCCGUACGUUUACUUUUCAACGGAUCAUAGGCUGUACAAGAUGUAUCUCCCCUCUUCCGGACUUGGGUCAGUACUCCCUCUCAUUGCUGAUGCAUCGGCGAUUGGAUCGGUGCAAGCCAGCAUCCGCGGACCGGUUCAAUAUAGCAUCCACGGUAAUGCGGGUUUCGAUUCGGUUCGCGUGAGCCAGCAUGCCUUUUCCGCUGACGGCCAGUUCAUGUACGUUGCGGACGAAGGAGGAGACGCCGUCUACCGAGUUUGGAUUGCAAGCGGAGAGGUGGAGAAUCUCGGUAGUGGUGAUGUUGAUGUGGACGUGGACGGCCCCUAUGGAUUAGCGUUGACAUCGGACGGUUGUAACCUGUUCGUGUCAGAGAGAAUUACAGGGAGGAUCACGCUAAUCACCUUCGAAAGCAAUGGUGGCCUCGUGAGGAGAGUCCGAACACUCGCAGGUAAGACCAGGGGUCGCUAUACGGAAACGGAUCGGCCUCGUGAGGCGAGUCCGACCAUUAUUGGCCUUUUCGGUUUGGCGAUCUCCCCAGAUGACUCCUAUCUAUACGUCGGAUCUUACGACAAGGGGCCGGCGAUCUACAAGUUCGACAUACGCACUUUGGGCUUGCCCUCCUGCUCUCCGAUCUCGUCUACGACUCGAUCCGUCCCCCCUAUUCCUUCUAGCUAUCCACUGCCCUCGAUCUCAAAUUCGUCCUCUGCUGCUAUCAGGAGCUCCAGCCCCCAGGCUGCUAAGAAGCAAACCGAUCUCACACCCGUUGUCAUCACUUUAGCCGUCGUUUUGGCCGUCGUAGGAGCCGCGCUCGGCGGAUUAGUGGUCUGGUGUCUAUGCGGCAUACAGCGACGGCGGCGAGAGGCGGAGUCACGAGCAAUCGAUAGGCCCCGGCAGUCAAUCGAUACCACAGAUGCCCGGGCGCCGGGAUCGCAGCCGAUCGAGCCAGUGGCUUUCACAAACAAUCCGACACGUGCGGGGAACUGGUGGCAAAGAUCAGCCGCAGGAGGGACGCUGGCCAAUGAUCGUCUUGACGUUGUUGUUGCGUAGAGUUCGCUUUCCUUUCUCGUCAAAAACGGCCCAGGGGCAGAAUAAGACACCUCAAUCAGGCUCCCAUCGCGGAUCAUCGUGAUGGAGACGGUUUGUUCAACGCCCGGUACUGCUCAGUAGGUGAUGUGGACAGGCGGCCGAAUGAACUGGGAGGAGUGAUGCCAUCCAUCAAUGAAGCGGAUAAAAAGGCUUAGGACUC